GAAGCACAGUAGCACCGUGAAUUGACUGACUCUCAUCUCACGAUAACUAACUAACAUAACAUGCAUGAAAAUUUUCCUCCCAUCCAUUCCAUCCGUGAUUUCUCUUCUCUUCAGUUAGUUUUCAUUAAUUUCCAUCCCAUUCCACAAAACAAAACAACAAGUAAAAGAGAAGCCACCGUUCAUUGCGAAACAAACAUAACAACAAACAAAUCUCUUAUUCCCUUCCUUUAAUCUCAAUUCUCUCUUCAUCAAAAAUCUCCCGUAUCCAUUUUUUGCUAUCUCUUAAUAUUUUUCAUUUUAGAUCUCUCUAAAUCUCCGUGCCUCAAAUCCCAUGAGUAACUUUGAAUCCAAUCCCUUCGCCGAAGAAGAGGUUAAUCCUUUCGCCGAUGCUCCUCAAGGAAAAGCUUCAGGGAAAUCAAAUUAUGGUGGAGGUGCAUUCUACACUACUAACCCAGGAAGUGUUUCCUCUGGAACCUCAAAGCUCUCACCACUUCCUCAUGAGCCUCAUGAUCGUGGGGCAACAACUGUUGAUAUUCCUCUUGAAAUGCCACAGGACCUCAUAGCAAAGGAGAAGGAACUUCAAGCUAGAGAGGCUGAAUUGAAAAGAAGGGAACAGGAGCUAAAAAGAAAAGAAGAUGCUAUAGCUCGAGCUGGAAUAGUUAUAGAGGAAAAAAAUUGGCCACCUUUUUUCCCUCUUAUUCAUCAUGACAUUGCAAAUGAAAUACCAAUACAUCUUCAAACAAUCCAGUAUGUUGCGUUUACAACAUGGUUGGGUUUGAUUUUAUGCCUUUCAUGGAAUAUUGCGGCUGUUACAGUAGCAUGGCUCAAAGGAGAAGGUCUGUCAAUAUGGUUUCUUGCUAUCAUAUACUUUAUUUCCGGUGUACCAGGAUCCUAUGCAAUGUGGUAUCGCCCUCUUUAUCGUGCUACCAGGACGGACAGUGCGCUAAAGUUUGGCUGGUUUUUCUUCUGUUAUUCGUUCCACAUUCUCUUUUGCGUUUUGGCUGCAGUUGCACCUCCAAUUAUCUUCAAAGGAAAAUCUCUUGCAGGUGUUCUGCCUGCAAUUGAGAUACUGACCUACAAUCCAUUGGUUGGGAUACUCUACUUUAUCGGGUUUGGUUUUUUCGCCAUUGAAUCACUGCUGAGCAUCUGGGUUAUUCAGCAAGUAUACAUGUACUUCCGCGGCAGUGGGAAGGCUGCUCAAAUGAAACGUGAAGCUGCAACGGGGGCCAUGAUGAGAGCCCUAUGAGAUUAUGAAAGACGGGGGGUGAUAAAAUGUUGAAAAUGGCACAUGCAAAUGUCUUCCCUAUGGUUAUACACAAAAUUCUUCUUCCUCAGUUACCACAUCUUUCACCUUUUGCGGCUUGCAUAAAACUUGGAUAUUUAUAUUCUUUGGGUUUUAUUGGCCUAGGAUUUGACUCAAAGUGGAAGAUUUAAGAUAGAAACUGUAGUUGUUCAUACAUAGGCUAAUGUUUUUUGAGACGAUUCCUUAAUCUUGUAUAACUUGGUUCAUAGAAUAUUGUUUGUAAUUUUUAAUAUUAACAAUUACGGUUCUAAUUUUAAAUGUUACAGCAGAGACGCCAUGAACCCUGAGGAUCAGGAGGGGACUAUUUGCAAAGACAA